CCUGUCUGCCCGCUGAGGAGCGCUUCAUCCAGCCUGUAAACAGCUCUGAUAUUCCCGGAACAUCGCUGUGAGCGCGCCGCAGGGUGUCGCGGGGGGUCCGCGGACUUGUCGUCCUGCAUGGCCUCAGUGUCUGCAGGGUUCUGGGGUUCAUCUACUUGCUGCUCGCCAUCCCAGCUCUCCGGAACUGGCAGCCUGAAACGGGGAAGAGGCCGCUCUCCUCCAACCAUGUCGUCUGGCCGGAGAUGUUCAGGAGUGUCAGGUCUCGGGGGCGGAGCCGUGUCCCCGGGGCCCGUGGUGGUGGAGGUGGCAGAGCUGGGUACCGGUGAGGGCAACAGGGAGCUGUUUGAGGCCUGUCGGAGCGGAGACCUGGAGCGGGUUCGGAAACUGGUGACGGCCGAGAACGUGAACAGCCGGGACACAGCGGGCCGGAAAUCCACGCCGCUGCACUUCGCUGCAGGUUUUGGCCGUAAAGACGUGGUGUACUUCCUCCUCCAGAACGGAGCCAACGUCCACGCCAGGGACGACGGAGGCCUGAUAUCGCUCCAUAACGCCUGCUCCUUCGGCCACGCUGAGGUGGUGAGUCUGUUGCUUCACCACGGUGCGGACGCCAACGCCAGAGACAACUGGAACUACACGCCACUGCACGAAGCAGCCAUCAAGGGCAAGAUCGACGUGUGCAUAGUGUUGUUGCAGCACGGCGCCGAGCCGACCGUCAGGAACACCGACGGUCGAACUGCUCUGGAUCUGGCAGAUCCAUCCGCCAAAGCAGUCCUGACAGGUGAAUACAGAAAAGAUGAGCUUCUGGAAAGUGCGAGGAGCGGGAACGAGGAGAAGCUGAUGGCUCUGCUGACGCCGCUCAACGUCAACUGUCACGCCAGUGACGGGCGGAAGUCGACACCGUUACACCUGGCUGCCGGUUACAACCGCGUGAAGACGGUGCAGCUGUUACUGCAGCACGGUGCUGAUGUACACGCCAAGGACAAGGGGGACCUGGUUCCUCUUCAUAACGCCUGCUCAUACGGCCACUAUGAGGUCACUGAGCUGCUGGUAAAGCACGGCGCCUGCGUUAACGCCAUGGACCUCUGGCAGUUCACGCCUCUACAUGAAGCUGCUUCCAAGAACCGCAUGGAGGUGUGUUCUCUGUUGCUGAGCUAUGGCGCCAACCCCACCUUCCUGAACUGUCACAAUAAAAGCUCCAUCGACCUUGCUCCAACCGCACAGCUGAAGGAGCGACUCGCCUAUGAGUUCAGAGGUCACAGCCUGCUGCAGGCGGCGAGGGAUGCUGACAUGGUUCAAGUCAAGAAGCAUCUGAGCGUGGAGACCAUCAACUUCAAACAUCCGCACACUCUGGAGACGGCGCUGCAUUGUGCGUCUGCCUCUCCGUACCCAAAGAGGAAACAAGUGUGUGAACUUCUGCUGAGGAAGGGAGCCAACGUCAACGAGAAGACUAAAGACCUGCUGACACCCCUCCACAUGGCGUCAGAGAAAGCUCACAAUGAUGUCAUCGAGGUUCUGGUGAAACACGGAGCGAAGGUGAACGCGGUGGAUCAUCUCGGCCAGACGGCGCUGCAUCGAGCUGCUCGCUGCGGACACCUGCAAACCUGCAGACUGCUGCUGACCGCCGGCUGCGACCCGCUGCUCACGUCGCUGCAGGGAUUCUCACCAUCACAGCUGGGCAAUGAGAGUAUACAGGAGAUACUGCAAGCAGAAGGAGCUCUGAUCGGGAACUCUGAAGUCGACCGACAGCUGCUGGAAGCCUCCAAAUCAGGAGAUCUGGAAACCGUCAAGAAACUCUGCACGGCGCAGAACGUGAACUGCAGGGACGUGGAGGGUCGACAGUCGACGCCGUUGCAUUUCGCAGCCGGCUACAACCGUCUGGCAGUCGUUCAGUUCCUGCUGCAGCACGGGGCCGACGUACACGCCAAGGAUAAAGGAGGUUUGGUUCCUCUCCAUAAUGCCUGUUCAUACGGUCAUUAUGAGGUCGCAGAGCUGCUGGUUCUUCACGGCGCUGUAGUCAAUGUGGCCGACCUCUGGAAGUUCACACCCCUGCACGAAGCUGCUGCCAAGGGCAAAUACGAUAUCUGCAAACUCCUACUGCAGCAUGGAGCUGACCCAACCCGUAAAAACCGGGACGGUAACACACCUCUGGAUCUGGUGAAGGAUGCCGACACAGAUAUCCAGGACCUCCUGCGGGGUGAUGCUGCCCUGCUGGAUGCCGCCAAGAAAGGCUGCCUGGCUCGAGUAAAGAAACUCUGCACUAGAGACAACGUCAACUGUCGAGACACACAGGGGAGACACUCCACGCCACUGCACCUGGCCGCGGGCUAUAAUAACUUGGAGGUGGCAGAGUACCUUUUGCAGCACGGAGCUGAGGUCAACUCUCAGGACAAAGGAGGACUGAUCCCUCUGCACAAUGCUGCCUCUUAUGGGCAUGUGGAUGUGGCGGCUCUCCUCAUCAAGUACGACGCUUGUGUUAAUGCCACUGAUAAGUGGGCGUUCACUCCGCUGCACGAGGCUGCCCAGAAGGGACGCACGCAGCUCUGUGCUCUCCUAUUGGCUCACGGCGCCGACCCGACUCUGCGGAACCAGGAAGGGCAGUCACCGCUGGACCUAGUCACGGCUGAUGACGUUCGGGCCUUGCUAACAGCGGCGAUGCCUCCCUCCGCUCUCCCUGGCUGUUACAAACCCCAAGUCAUCAGUGUAGCGGCAUCAGCCUCCGGUGCUCCACCUGUCGCUGCUAUUGUCCCACCACUCCUCUCCUCCAACUCUUCCUCCUCCUCAUCCACCUGCCCUACACCUUCUCUCCUCCCUUCUUCGCCUUCCAUGUCUUCCCCCUCUGGCCAUGAUGUAGCAGCUGUAGCUGCGACCAGUGAUACCUCUGCUACUGCAAACUCCUCAUCUUCACCGCCACCGUCGUCUUCAUCAUCCUCAGCAUUUCCUGAGAUGUCGGCCCUGCUGCCGGUAGCUGAGGGAUCACUGGCUGCAGAGAAGAAAGAUGAAGGGGCCGAGCUCAGCAUCUGUCAGUUCUUGAAGAAUCUGGGAUUGGAGAAUCUUCUGGAGAUCUUUGACAGGGAGCAGAUCACUCUAGAUGUUCUGGUGGAGAUGGGUCAUCGCGAGCUGAAGGAGAUCGGCAUCAACGCCUACGGACACAGACACAAGAUCAUCAAAGGAGUGGAGAGGCUCAUCAGUGGGCCGCAGAGUCUGAAUCCUUAUCUGACGUUAAACACGGCCAACAGCGGGACCAUCUUAAUCGACCUCUCAGCCGAUGACAAGGAGUUCCAGUCAGUGGAGGAGGAGAUGCAGAGUACAAUCAGAGAGCACCGAGACGGCGGCCAUGCUGGAGGAGUCUUUAACAGAUACAACCUGGUUAAGAUUCAGAAGGUCUGCAACAAGAAGCUGUGGGAGAGGUACAGCCACCGCAGGAAGGAAGUCUCUGAGGAAAACCACAACCACUCCAACGAGCGCAUGCUCUUUCACGGCUCCCCAUUCGUCAAUGCCAUCAUCCAUAAAGGUUUUGACGAACGGCAUGCCUACAUAGGUGGGAUGUUCGGUGCUGGGAUUUACUUUGCAGAGAACUCAUCAAAGAGUAACCAGUACGUUUACGGUAUUGGUGGAGGGACGGGCUGUCCGCUUCACAAAGACCGCUCCUGCUACAUCUGCCACAGGCACCUGCUGUUCUGCAGGGUGACGCUGGGUAAAUCCUUCCUCCAGUUCAGUGCCAUGAAGAUGGCUCAUUCACCGCCAGGCCACCACUCCGUCACCGGCAGACCGAGCGUCAACGGCCUCGCUCUGGCGGAGUACGUCAUCUACAGAGGAGAACAGGCCUAUCCGGAGUACCUGAUCACCUACCAGAUCAUAAAGCCUGAAGCCUCUGCAGACGGAUGAGGAGGCAGACGAAGGUGAAGAACGAGUCAGGGAAGGAAAAUAUGAAGAAAAACAUGCCAGAAUCUUCACUAACUGCAUGCACAGAGAAAACUUGAUUUAUACAAUGUAUAAAACUUGUAGGGUUUUUUUUUUUUUUAUCAGA